UUUUAAGUUUUCUUUUAAUUUUGGUUUAAUACCAGUAAUAAGUGUAAUAUUAUGAUUUAUGAUCUAUAUAUAAGUUUAAAAAUAUAAUAUUCAAGUUUGUUAUCUAUGGAUAAUGGAAUGAUAUCUCAACAACCAUUACAAAAAACAUGCGGAUUUUACUUUUUUGAAUUUCUCAUCUUUUGUUUGAUUUUUGCCCAAGUGUAUGACUAGUGAAAACAAUUUAGUAUUAACCUGCAUUAUUAUUUGUGUGAAUACAAUUUAAUUCUUCGAAAUUAACGAUACUUUUUAAUAUGUUUAAUCAUUUAUAAGAAGCGCAUUAUAUUAUACAAAUACCUAUUAUUUAUUGAUUAAGUGCCUAAAAAUUAUAUAAGAAAUUUUAAUCAUGAGGACACCACCAGAUUUUCAAUCAAACAAAUCAAUUAAAAAGGAUUUAGUGAAAGACGCCAUUCAGUUGACGAUUACUGUUAAUCGAAUGAAGCAACAUUUUAUUUGGGGUACUGUAAAUGCCCUAGUAUUGUCUAUGCUGACUUAUGACUUAUUGGCCUUGCCAUAUUCUUGGUAUACUCCAUGGUGGAGAUUUGUUGAAUCAGUAUCAUCAAUAGUUGUAUUGUUAAGUCUUUUAUAUCAUGUAUUGUCCCUUACAAAAUUAUGGGUAACCACUAGUACCAUACACUUGGCACCAGAACACUUCCAGACACUAGGCUUAUCCAACUCUUAUAUAAAAGUAAAAUCACCAGAUACUUCAUCAAGUAUAAUAACACCUCCUGCGACCACAAGUACACCAAUCAAUUGGAUUAACAAAUGGAACAACCAACAGUUUCACGUUUCACAUGACAACUUUGGACCAGAAAAACAAAAUAGAAGUGCAACUAAGUUUAUGACUAGUACCAAUGACGAAACUAUAGAAGAUAUUUCUGCCUUAGAACAAUACCUUAAAGACUAUGACAACAAAAAUAGCUUUUCGUUCACUGAACGUGAAUCUGAACAACGGAGUAUGUCUAUGUGGGAACGUUCUGGUUGCUCAAACACAUCUAUUUCCUCAAUGCUUCAAAAUUCUAUAUACCAAGUGGCAUCAUCACCUGAACAAUCAAAAUCCGAAUUGAAUGAGAGCACUUCUACUGUAGCUAUGGCUUCAGAAGUAUGGCGUAAAUUUAAAGUGGACAAUAAUAAAGUUGAAAGAUGGUCAGUUAGUUUGAGAACCUGGAUUUCACAAACAAUUAUUUCUCGAUUGGUGAAAGAAAUUGAAAAUGUUGAUCAAGCUUUAUACAACCAAGGAUUUGUAGACGUAUCUAUAGGAAAUGUUGGCUUAGAAAGACUAAAAAAAACUGCACAUACAAUACAGGUUGCUCAAACUAUACCUAGUUUACUGUAUAUUAUUCCAUAUUUUGAAGUAUCUCCAAAUCAAGAAUAUGUAGUUCAACGCAUAAGAGAAUUGGCCAAAGGUUCUUGUUUAACUGAGUAUCGAUGGAAUUCUGGUGGAACAUUUAAAGGAAAAGAAUGGAAUAGUGAAUUACCAUCUGACGCAGUUUUAGUAAUGCAUUUAUUAGCUACAUACUUAGAUUCUCAGUUAUCUCCAUUAACACGUCUUAAGGGAAAAAAUCCAUUUUCUGUUCAACAUCUGAUAAAAUAUCCAGAAAAAUUAAAAUCCGAUAAUAAGCAAGUGGUCAUUUUUCAACAAUCAAAUAUUCCACCUCACUACAGUUUAAAAAUUGGUAAAGAAACACACAACUUUCCAAAGGGUCGUAAUAAUUUUUUCUAUACAGUUUUAUUGUUCCUACAUCACAUCAAAACGACUGAAAAUGGAUUGUUGGAGAGUGUCAACCUUGGAAAGACUGGAGUAAAUAUGCUCUGGAUUAUAGAAUAAAUUUAAGUGUAUUGUUAAUUUAUUUUUUUAAAUGCUUGUAAGUUGUAAUGUACUUUUUAAAAUAUUUCUCAUUAAAAUGUUACACUUCUUUUUAUAUCCCUUAA